CCGCAUUACAAUGAUGUUCGAAAACACACUCAGACUCAGGUGUCUAAAGAGAUCGGAAGCACAGCGGUCACAGCGCAACUAUCACAGAGCAGCCAAUAUAGAGGAACACAUUUUGCCUCUGGGAUCUGAAAUAAUGUCAUAUUAAUGUCGCUUCUGCAUUUAUUGGGCGUACUUAGGUAUAAAAAGAAGUCCUAAGCUCCAGUACGGGCCGCGGCGAUGGAGGAGGUAGGCGCGGCGGACGCGGCGGCGGAGCUGGCGCAGGUGGGCCCGCAGCUGGUGGAGGUGCUGGUCGGGCAGCCCGAGGACGUGCUGGCGCAGGUCAGCGGCCUGCUGGGGCGCGACGAGCAGGAGGAGCUGCGCCGCCUGGCCGACCGCGGGCAGCGGGUCUCACGGCUGGUGGAGCUGUUCGAGGGGAAGGGCGGCGCCGCGUGCCGCCGGCUCUUCCAUGCCGUGUGCCUGCUGUGCACCGACCUGCCCAUGCAGCUGGACACGCGCCUGAUGUCCGCGGCCGGAGACUUCUCUGAACAUCCCAGUGAAAACGAGCAAAGAAACGAGAUCAGCCCUGCUCCACACAACCCAGACAGCCAGAGGCGCCGCGCAGCAGCAGAUCUCCCGCCAGCACCGCUCAGCCAGGGGAAACGGCCUUGUGUCGACUUUGCAGAGAGUUAUGAAGCUGCCAUGAAGAAGCUGCUGCUCCUGGACGGGAGAGCCUCUCAGGGAAUCCCCCAUUCCCUGGGCCUGGAGGAGUCGCCCCUGAUCGUGGUCCAAAAGAACUCGGCGAAGCUGAGGGACAGAGCGGACCGCACGUGGGGGGACGUGCCGGCGCCCCAGGACCCGGAGGACAGCGUGGACUACGUGGACAUAGCGGACCUGCUGAAGCCCCCCGCCACCGCCGCAUCGCGGGUCACCGUCCUGCGGGGCGCAGCUGGGACAGGCAAGACGCGGCUGGUCCGCGACCUCGCUCGCCGCUGGGCGCGGGGGGCGCUGGCCCCGUUCCAGUUCCUCUUCCUGUUCGAGUUCCGGCAGCUCAAUCUCAUCCGGAGGCCGCUGUCGCUCCGGCAGCUGCUGUUCGACUUCUUCCUGCCGCCGGAGGAGGGGGCGGGAGACGCCGUCCUGGCCUCCGUCCUGGCCAGGCCCCAGCGGGUGUGCGUCAUCUUCGACGGCUACGACGAGUUCCGCUGCAGGUUCGCGGCGCCGGGCCCGGGGCGGGGCCUGCGCCCCGAGGAGCCAUUGCCUGUGGCCGAGCUCUUCUCCAGCCUGUACUGCGGGCGCCUGCUGCGAGGCUGCACGCUGCUGGUGACCUGCAGACCCAAGGACGUGCCGGACCUGCCGCUCCGUGCGGUGGACGAGGUGGGAGAGGUGCUGGGGUUCGACUAUCGCAGGGUGGAGGAGUACGCCAGGAGGUAUUUCGAGCACAGCCCCCUCAGGGACCAGGCCGUGGGCAGCCUCCUGAGCAACAGGAACAUUCGCAACAUGUGCUGCGUGCCGGCCCUGUGCUUCAUCAGCUGCGUCUGCCUGGAGUUCCUGCUGGAGAAGGGGCCCGGCCUGCCCAAGCUACCUCACACCAUGACCCAGUUCUACAUCCAGAUCCUCUGCGCUUUCCUCAGCAAGAUGCAGGCCGGCUGUAGCUCCGGGGACCCGUCGUCGCCACUGCUGCAGCAGUACCGGACCAAGAUCGAGGCCCUGAGCCAGCUGGCCAUGACGGGGCUGGAGGACAGUAACAUCGUGUUUUACGCCCAGAAAGACUCUGAAGACACGGUGCAGUUUGCGUUCCGGGCCGGGCUCCUGACCCAGUUCGAGGUCAAGAAGGAGGACGGAUCCCGAGGGAUGGGCUGUGCCUUCAUCCACCUGACCAUCCAGGAGUUUUUCGCUGCCCUGCACCUGAUGACCAGCGACAGCGUCCAGGAGGCCCAGCUGAAGAAGAAGUUCAACCUCAAGUCCAGGUGGACCACCAAGGCCGACCCCAAGACGGUGUUCACAGACACCUUCCACCUGUACGUGUCCGGGCUGGCCUCCAGGGAGUGCACCUCCUUCCUGGGGCAGAUGUCCAGGCGUGGCACACUGCAGGUCCGGAAGAGACAGGAAGCCAUCGUGAAGAUCCUCAGGUCCCUGGCGGCCAGCAGCCUGACGGGGCCCAAGCUCAUCGAGCUGUGCCGCUGCACGUUCGAGAGCCAGGACAGGGAGCUGGCCAGGGCCGUGGGGGCACGAGACAGAUACGAGCUGAGGAACUUCCGGCUCGCCCCUGUGGACAUGGUCGCGCUGGCCUUUGUUAUCAAGGAGGCCGGGAGACCCAUCUGCCUGGACAUUGCUGGAUGCUCCAUGGAGCCGGAUUGCCUGGAUGUUCUGACCAGCUGUACUGCCAUAGACUCGCUCAUGUUUCGGAGCCGAAAAUACGACGACAGAUUUGCCGAAGCCUUGUCAGGAAUUCUCCCGAGCCUUACGUCUCUGAGGAAACUGGAGUUCGUCAGCGGGAACAUCACCGAGGUGGGGACCCUGAAGCUGGCCGCAGUGCUGCCCAGCUGUCUGCGCCUGAUGGAGCUGAAUUUCAGUGAAAAUGUCCUGACUGACAAGGGUCUGGAAGAAAUCGCGAACAUUUUCCCAAAGUUCAAAUCCCUCAGGAGAGUGAUUUUAAGCAACAAUGCCUAUACACUGGAUGGGAUCUUCAUACUAGUGAAAUCAAUGUGCUCGUGUUUAAACAUUGAAGAAAUACGUGUCAAUGGAGCGAAGGAGGCAGAAGUCCUCUUUUCCAGUGGAUCGGUGGGGCUUGCAGGCGCAGAGAGGUCCGUGGACAGGAAAGACGUCGGUCUCUGUCGCGCCAGUCGUUCACUCAGCCUUCUGAACUACAGCAUGACAGCCGACCAGCUGAAAAUACUGUGUGAAAUCCUGACCAGAUGCCCAGGGCUUUCUGAAAUUGAGCUAUCUGGGAACGGACUGCAAGACGAAGGGUUCAUGACGCUGUGCGACUUCCUGCCUCAGCUUAUUGUUUCUACACAGAUCACCCUCUGCAACAACUGCAUCUCUGUGGAUGGGAUAGGCUAUCUGUCCCGCUCGCUGGCGCUGUGCCCCAGGGUGGUCCUUGUGGACGUCAGCCUCCAGACACCCAGCAAGGUGAUCGUAAGGUUUGCGGGAGAGCUACAGGGACCAGAACAAGUUCCUGGGGAUGAUGUCACCCAGCCCCAUGCCACAGAGGAAAAUCGGAUAUCUAAGACAUUCAGGCUGACAAACUGCGGCAUCCAGCCCCAGCAGCUGGACAAGCUCCUGGAACCCCUGAGGAGCUGCAGCAGCCUGGAGAUCUUGGACUUGUCUGGAAACGCGCUGGGGAACGGAGGUCUGAAGAAGCUGACUGAGGCCCUGCCUGGCCUGCGAGGGCUCCAGGAAGUCAUUGCCAGCGAUAACGCGGUGACGCUGGACGGCGUGCUCUGUCUGGCUGACUCACUCCGCACCUGCAGGACCAUGUGUGCGGUCGACGUCAGUGCUGGGGGUAGCAAGAGGCUGGUGAUGGAGUUUCGCAGGAGUACAAGCAGAGCCAGCGGUGUCCUCUCUGAGGAGGCGGCCCCACCGGAGAACGGACUGAGCCAGGGCAGGAGACUGAGUGUCCACAACAGCGACAUUCAGCCUGCGAUCAUGGAGGAGCUGUGUGGGCGCCUGACGCGAUGUCCAGGCUUAUCGGAGCUGGACUUUUCUGACAAUGUCCUUGAUGAGGCGUCCAUCGAGAAGCUUGUGAAGCACCUGCCUCAGAUGCGCUGGCUGAAAGUGCUGAAGGUGGGUAACGCAGUGCUGUCAGGAGACGGGGCUCUGCUGCUGGUCAGGAGCCUUGCUAACUGUGAGAGAGUCCGAGCUGUGGAGCUGAGACCCCAGGGAAACGCCUUCAUUCAGUUUGUCAAGGGAAAAGUGGAACAAACGACCUGCAGGUUGAGUGAGUAUGCCCUCAGCGGAAAGCACAUGGAGGAGCUGGCAGCGGUGCUGGAGAGAUGUCCCCAUCUGGCAGAAGUAGAGUAAGCAGGGCUGCAGCCCAUUACCAUCUGUCCACCCCGGCGGCUCGGCCUGGAAUCCCCCAGGCUGUGAAGCAGGAGCACUUCGCCUCACACCAAGGGAGGCCUUUUCAUGUCCAAAUCACAUCACAUCACAUACAGACAUGAAUGAAUCUCAUCAUCUCACCACAUUUUCUAAAAUCUCGUUCGUUGGGAAUUAACCCGCUGUGUAGUCAGCUGUGGUGUGAUCAUUGGCUUGCUAUGAGUAGUUGGUCUCCCUGGUGGCACAGUGAACUCACUACCUCUGAGUAAGCAAGAGCCAGUAUUCUGUUAGUGUGGAGCUCAACACUGCUGCUCCAGGGUUCUGGGUUCAAAUCCUGGCACAGCCACCUGUAUCUCUCUGAUAAUGGAUGGAUGAGGAGAUAAACCCAAAGUGAAAAGACACAGCUCCAAUUCCAUCUACAAAUAUGCUGAUGACACGACCAUCAUUGGCCGAAUCACUGCUAAAGACAAGGCAGCCUACAGGGAUCAGCUCAGGAACCUGGUGGAGUGGUGCCUUGACAAUAAUCUGUCAGCAAAACCAAGGAGCUGGUCAUCGAUUUUAGAAAGCAGGGUGGGGACCACACCCCUAUGCACAUCAGUGGGGUGGCUGUUGAGAUGGUAGCAGCUUCAAGUUUGUGGUUCCCUUCAUCACUAAUGAUUUAACAUGGUCCCAGCAUGUAACUGGAGCUACAAAGAAGACACAACAGUGCCUUUACUUCCUCAGACUGUUGAAAAGAUUUGGUCUAUCUUAAACUGUCCUUACCACAUUUUACAGG